AUGAAUAAUAAACUUGAACCGUUAAAUGAUUUGGAAUAAAUCAAGUAUUAAAAGCUCCUGCAUAAGUACUAAAGAUUUGUUAAGUCCUAAGACAUGCAGCAAAUAUUUAAUCGUCAAAAGGUAAAAGAAGAAAGAAAAUGGAAUGACAAUCCUAAUGUAUAAUACAAUAAAUAUGAGCAUUUGAGAAGUAGGAUAAACGAAUAUGAUCACAUACUUCCUUAAAGCAAUGAGUUGGUCCCUAAAUUCAUUAAAAAGAAUCUUACUUUUUCUUCAAACUUUUAUCAUCCUUCAAAUAUUUCAGAGGAUAAAAAAUGUUCAUCCCAAGGAUUUUACUUAACUCAAAAGAGCAGUGGUAGUCAAGGAGUGCAGAUUAAUAAUUAAAAUGGUUUCUCUUCUUAAUUAGAAAACAAAGGCUAAAAUAGAUUAAAUACUUAGCUAAAUAUGCUGAGACAGCAGUCGACUUAUACACCGAAGAGCACAUUUUCUUUAAAUCGAUAAUUCAAUUUUACUCAAAGUAGCUUUUAAAAUGAAUUAAAAAAAUAAAAGGAAGAAUUCAAAAAAUCUAAUCUGAAUAGAUCUACCAAAUACUCAAGCUAAUGUAAUAGAGAUUACAGCUUAAGAGAUUUAUAUUACCAGCACAUUAAAUAUGACAAAAACAUAUAAAAUGCUUUUAAAUAAGAAGGCACUUAUUAUUCUAAUUCCAUUUCAACAGCUAAAUUAAAAUCUUAAAAUAAUGAGAGAACAAAAUUUGAAAAUCAGCAAUCACAACAAUUUCAAACACAAUAAACACAAAAUAGUGAAUCUAAAUUUAAUUCCUAUUCAAAUAUGCAUCAGUUUGAUGAAUACAACUCCGAAGCUGAUUACAACUGA